AUGUGUUUGUCUGAUAUUGCUCUUGGUUCUGUAACAAAAGAAGAUCCUUGCGCACCAAUACUCACUGAAGCAUACAGCAACGCAAUGAAUCAUCAAUGGAGUUCUUUUAUUUGUCUUCUUUCCCUAUCAAGUGUUGUUAAACGUCCAAUCGAGUCGUAUUUUCCAAUUACACCUAAUGAAGAAAAAAUUGACUCCCUGUCUACAAUGUUUAACUGCACUAUAUAUCCGCGAGAAAUAGCAACAUCAAUUUCAGAUCAGAAAAUCCAUUUAUUUCGUUGUGCAUUAAUGCCUAUGGAUUAUUCCAAGCUUGGUAAAGUUCCUGCGACCAAAAAUCACUAUGUUGCUCUUUGUGAAGCAAAAGAAAGCAGCAGUAAGGUAGGUGUUCGACACUUUGUUAUGAAGAAAGUUUCACCAGGUAUUAAUAUCAGUUCGACACAAGUACGAAAUGUUACGCCGCCUACCAAGCAAACGCCGCCACCGUUAUGUAGUACUGUGCCUGUGGCAACUUCCUCUGCCUUUGUACCCGCAAAAAACUCUUCUUCAUCGCAACCAGUUAAAAAGAAGCAGACCAUUCUUGACAAGCUAUUCCCUAAAAAAAGAAAGUUUGCCGAGGAAAGUGACGACGAAGAUAUUCCAAAGCCGAAUCUUUUGUCUAAAAAACGUGUACCUAGUUCAUUGGUUUCAGAACACGUACCUGAAUGUUCAAGAUCCGAAACAUCGUGUUCCCCAAAUGAUAUAGCUAACUUUGUCAACAGCAACUCCUUAACUGAUACGCAGAAGUACGAGGUUCUUUGCAACGUUUGGGUACCAUCUACAAACUUUCCAUUUCCUUUGGUAAACGGCAGGAAGUUGUUUCCGUGGCUGACGUACUCGCAAAAGUUGAAUGGAGCUUUCUGCAUAAACUGCGUGCUGUUUGGUUCAGAAUGUACUGGGAUGCACAAUACGAGUAAGUUGCAAAGGCUUUUUAAAACCCCAUUCACCACAUGGCAGGUCGCACCCGCUAAAUUCAGGGAGCAUUCCGAGAAGUCACCACUUCACAAAGCAGCCACAGCGCGUGCAGCAGUACUAAGAUCUCAUAUGGAGCAAAGGUCUGCACCCAUUGAUGUUAUGUUGGAUGAUAUGAAAAGGCAGCAGAUAGAGGAAAACAGAAAACUUCUGAGACCCAUUAUCGGAGCAAUCGUUCUUUGUGGCAGGCAAAAUAUUCCCUUGCGUGGACAUAGAGAUGAUUCUUCGAACUAUCUGUCAGAUGAGGUUAACUGUGGUAAUUUCAUUGAAAUCCUAAAGUACGGUGCAAUGUGUGCUGGUAAGACUCUUGAGGAACUUUUCAAAAGCACUCCUAAGAACAUGACCUACAAAUCAAAAACCACUCAGAAUGAAAUAAUUGAUAUAUGUGGCGAUAUGAUAACCAAAAAACUUACUGAUGAGAUCCGCGAAGCAAGGUUUUACUCCAUUCUCGCCGACGAAGCAUCAGAUUGUAGCAACAUAGAACAGCUUAGUAUCGUUAUCCGGUUUGUAGACAAGCAGUGUCAAAUAAGAGAAGAGUUUCUUGGCUUUGUCCCGUGCAAAAAGGGUGUGUCUGGUGAAGCUGUUGCCGCUACAAUUGAAGAAUUCCUUCGGGACCAAAAUUUGCCGAUUGAUGAUUGUCGUGGUCAGGGUUAUGAUGGAGCCGGGAACAUGGCAGGGCGAUUAUCUGGAGUAGCAGCUAGAAUACAAGAAACCAACAAGAAGGCUCUGUAUGUUCACUGUAACUCUCACCGUUUAAACCUUUGUGUCGCCACUUGCUGCAAAGAACAACUGCGUUUUGAUUUGUUGGUCAAGACCAUCCACGAAAUGCUUCCUACAGCGAAUCAUAAACGGCUGAUAAAUGUUUGCAAAACAAGAUGGGUGGCCAGAAUCGAUGGUUUAUGUGUUUUUAUCGAGGUUUUCCCUGCAAUUAUUAGAUGCUUGGAAAUCAUUCGUGACAAUGUCGGCGACAAUUGGAAUCCAGAUUCUGUCCGAAAAGCUGUUUCUUUAUAUUCAGCAACCGUGUCCUUUCCAUUCAUUGUCGCGUUAGUUGUGGUUUCAAAAUGUCUUCUGGUGACUCAACCGCUCACGGUUCAACUGCAGGAAUCCGCUAUUGAUGCUGGAGCAGCUAGAGAAAAAGUAUCCGCUCUUUACGUUCAUCUAGAGAAAAUGAGAAAUGACGUGGACGCAGAACACGACUCGUGGUACAAAGAAGCUGAAUCCAUGGGAACCAGUGUUGGAACUCAACCAGAUCAGCCAAGAACGACAGGGAGGCAACAACACCGCGCUAACACACCAGCUGAUACACCGUCACAAUAUUACCGUAGAGUAAUUAGUGUGCCCUUUUUGGAUCAUCUUAAAUCGGAAAUCCAAACACGAUUCUCGGAGACAAACCUUGACCUUAUGGAUGCAGUGUAUGGUUUGCCAAAAAAUGUUCUUAUCUACCCUGACUGGAAAACCAAAUUUUCUAAGUUCCUCAACAUGUAUAUGGACGACUUGCCUUACCCUCGCUUUCUCGACACUGAAUUGGAAAUGUGGGCUGAACGUUGCCAAAUGGAAAAGGGUCCUCUGCCUUCUAAACUGGCUGAUGUUUUACCGUUUGUCGACAAAAUAAGUUUUCCCAAUAUAUUCACCGCUUUUCAAAUUUUUGCAACAAUUCCUGUUACCACUUGCACCUGCGAAAGGUCCAUUUCCGUUUUACGCCGAUUGAAGACUUAUCUUCGCAGCACCAUGUCAGAAUCCAGAUUAAAGGCCUAG